AUGCUAGAUCGGACUCUAUUACCAAAUGCCAUUUCUCUCGAUAAGUUUACUCACCUGCUAAGCCGUUAUGGCCCCUUAAUCGAGAAAAUAUCGACGGCCAAAGGGACUAAACCAGGCCAGAAGACUUUACUUGAGUUAGAUCAUUUCCGCUACAAUGACGCCGUCUCCUUAUUCCACUCAGAGGAGCCGAAGCAACAAAUGAAGCUCGGUGACGUGAAGGUUCUAGUCGAUUGGAAGCUACGCCAUGGGAAAUUUCGCCCGACGCUCAUGAAGCUCGUCACAUCAAAUGAGGAAGCCUCUGCUGAACAAACUAUUCAGGAAGCUAUGAAGGUAUAUUGGGCUGAUCAUAACACUUCCAAGGCGUUGGACAUGAUAACCAAGCUGAAGGGAAUUGGCCCUGCCACGGCAAGCCUUUUGCUUUCUGUACACGAUCCGAACCGUGUUAUAUUUUUCUCAGAUGAAGCCUUUUAUUGGUUGUGCCGUGACGGACAGAAGUCUCCCAUCAAGUACAACGCCAAGGAAUAUGCUGAGCUGAGCACUGCGGCACAGGCUCUAGUCGGGCGACUUGGGGUCGAUGCUACUCAUAUUGAGAAAGUAGCUUAUGUGUUGAUGAAAGACGAGCCAUCUGAAGAUGCAUCAACUAAGGAGGAAACUAAGGAGGAGAAAAACAAAUCACCAAUUAACCAGAAGCCAGUAAAGAGAAAAGGUGCUGACGCGACCGAAGUCAUACAUGAUAAUACGAGCCAGCAAGCACCUUUACGUCAUUCAGAUCCUAUUCCUCUACCAGAUCGGUUCGCCAAAAUCAAACGGAAUCUCAUUGCUGGUAAUGAGAAGGCUGUUGCUGAUUCCUUCUAUCGUCUCCUAUACCAGUUGAGGAAAGAGGUAGAUCGUAUCGCUGCUGUUGGAUCUGUCAUAAUACCCACGAUCGACUAUUUUGACAUAAACGAUUCAGUCAAAGUAGCCGCCUUCCAGGAUGCCCUAAAGAAAAGAGGCAUUGCCGUCAUAAGGAGGGUCGUGCCCCCAAAUGUUGCCUUGUCAUGGAAGGAAGAAACGCGAGAAUACCUUCGGCAUAACCCUCGCCCAAAAGGAAUCCCGGCACAUGAUCCUCAGCUAUAUGAGAUGUUCUGGAGUCCCGGGCAAGUCAGAGCCCGCGCUGACUCACGGGUCCUUGAGGUCCAGCGAUUCGCCAUGAGUGCGUGGCACUCAAGCAAAGGGGAUGCCCUCGUAAGCAGCAACCACUCUGUUGCCUACGCAGACCGCAUCCGUAUGCGCAAGCCAGGCGACAAGUCCCUUGCCUCUGGCCCGCACGUCGACGGCGGCAGCGUCGAGCGUUGGGAACCCGACGGAUACGGGCGCGCCGGGACCUACGCCAAGAUCUUCGAGGGGAAAUGGGAAGAAUACGACCCCUGGGACAGCAGCGCACGACUUAGCGUCACCUGGGACCUGUACAAUCGCGCGGGGUCCAGCAGUAUGUUCCGUAUGUUCCAGGGCUGGGUCGCGCUCUCGCCUAUCGCCCCUGACACCGGGUCGCUACGUGCGUGUCCCAUGCUUCGGCUCGCUACCGCGUACCUCCUCCUGCGGCCCUUCUUCUCCCCACGCCGCAAGCAUGGAAGCCAUUCCGACUUCCUUCAUGAAAGUAACUGGUCUCUGAACGUCGCCCAAAACACCAUAGUCCACGGUGCUGUCCCCGGUUGCAUCCAGGAACUCUCCGACGCCCUGCACCCGCAUCUCCGCCUCAGUAGAUCCAUGAUUCCCAUCCCGAGGGUCGAGCCCGGCGACUACGUCCUCUGGCACCCUGAUAUGGUUCACGCCGCAGACGCUGCACAUACGGGCCGCACCGAUGCCAGCGUCUUGUAUAUCCCCGCCUGCCCCCUGUCUCUGACUAACGCGCUGCACCUCGCGCGACAGCGCAGGUCCUUCUUACUGGGACUCCCGGCGCCGGACUUCGAAAGCGGCAGGGGCGAGAGCGAGUUCAUGGGCAGACCGGGGACGCAGGAUGUUAGCGAUGCGGGAGGGGAGGAGGGGCUACGGUCUAUGGGGUUGUUGCCGUGGGAUGAUGAUAGGGGGGCAUUGGAGGCGGAGAGGGAAUUGCUUAGGCUGGCUAAUGGGAUUUUGUUCCCGGAUCAGUUUGACAUUACGUUGGGGAAGAGUGCUAGGAGACUUUAA